AUGAACUGGGUCGGCGGCAGCCGGAGCAGAAUCAUAUUAAAGCAGGAAAGGAGAAAACAAAAGGAGUUUUUUGAAAAGAAGAAACUUAAAUCAAAGAUGAAGCUUCUGGGAGUACCGUCUCCUAAAAGUUCAGCAGUCAGUUUAGAUCUCCUCAAUCUGUAUGUUGUUAACCAGAUAUCAACCAAAAAAGAAAACACUGAGAACACGAGGAAGCCAGUCCACGUUAAUAUCACUAAAGAUGUAAAAAUACCUGUUAGGAGGCAGAAUGUAGAGCUUCCCAUGUCAUCACUACAUAUACAACGUACGUCAAACUUAGAUGGCAUCCAGAACAGGUUACAAAACCAAGUAUUGGACAGCAGAAGGCAGCAUCUCUCAGAGAAAGUAAAAUACCAGCAUAAUUUAUCACAAGUAACAAAAUUAAAGUAUGCUGACUCUAGUAUGGAACAUGAAGACAACACAGCAAGAAAUUUUAGUGCCUGUCCAUUGUCCUCUCCUGGUUUUUGGUCCUCUAACUGCACACAACUUUCAGAAGAAAAUUUCAACACAAAGCUAACGGGCAACACUUGGGAACAGACCUAUGAAGAGAAGCUGCAAACCCAGCCAGGAAAUAGUUCUCAUCAAGACCCUUGGAUAAUAAAACCUCUGAGCCAGUGUAUUUUCAGGAAGUCUGAUACAGUGCUUGAGGAACUAUUUAAGCCAUUGCAUAGGCUGGGCUAUAUGAAUUCUGCCAGCAAGAAUCCAGUGAUAAUGACCAGUAACGAAUCAGAAAACAGUGAAGGAAUAAAAGAAUCAUUGUUUGAUGUUGUGAAAGAAACUGCAGAACUGGAAGCUCCCCAAGAUGGAAGUGAUUUUUCUUUUCUGGCACUGUUUGAAGAUGAGAGCAAACCAAUCCAUAAUAAUCCUUCCACAAAGCAUUUUAAUCCUUUUGUUAACCAAAGCAGUACUGCCAUUUUUUUCAUUGAUCCUGAUGAUAGAAAUCAAAUGACCAACAGAAAUUAUCCUUAUGAUACUAGAGAGGCUUAUCCUGCAAUCAAUACAAAAAAAAGUUCUGUAGACAGACAACUUGAAGGGAUUUUCACAGCUCCAGAACAGGUUUUACUUAAAAGUAACAAUGCCUCAAGUGCAAGCUACGAGAAUACCAGUGGACUUCAUAAAACCCACCUGCAGGACUGUCAUGAGGGACAGCAGUGCUUCAUACUCUCUGAAAAGAAAGAAAAACCUGCAAACCUUGAAAAAAAUGAGUCAUUUGCUUAUCAUCAUGAUCAGCAGAUUAACUUAGAGAAGAAUGUACAGAAUGAUUCAAGAAAAAAAAGUGAUGAUGAGUCUGUGAAAGAAUCAGCCUGGAGACAGAACCAGCUCUUUGGAUUUAAAGAGUUCACAGCAGCACAAGAGAAAGAGUAUAAGUUUGGAGUGAGUUCAAAUCUUCUCAAGGUGGAGAAGGUACGCUUUCUUUCCUUUUUGUCUCAUUCUUCAGAUGUGGAGUCAGCAGUCGGUCUCCCUGUUACUCGCCAAGGCAGACAGAGUCCCAACAGGUCUGAAGAGGAAGAUGCAGCCAAAAAGAAGGAAUAUCUGAACAAUCAGUCCUUGAAGAUCAGUGAUGUCAACCUAGUCUCAGGCUCAGCAAGCACAGAGCGCCCCAAGACCUCUCACACCAGACCUCUCCAGCCCAGAAGUACUUUGACUAGAGAAGAAGCAAACCCUCUUCAGGAGAAAAGGUCUGUUUUAUGUGCCACAGAGGAGGAAAGUAAAAACCAGCCCGCCCCAUCUGAGGGCAGCUCCUUACACCAAGCCCUCAAAAGAGGGCAUGCCACUCGCAGUACCCGCCGUGAUGUUUGGUCGCAGACUGAGAGCUCUGUCCCAGAAGCAGAGAAGGUGGAUGUCGCCACCCAGUGUGGCAGGAUGCGGGUGUGCAGCUGUGGGGGCUCCCGCCCCUCUGUUCGCAGCCCGGGGGGGAUCCCCCCUCCCAGCACUGCGAGCACCGCUGGAGGGCACAAAAUGCCGGCCCGUGAGGGGCUGCAGCCUGCGGGCACGGGCAGCGCCGCCGCAACAGCGGCAUCAGCUGAACCCGAGUAUCUGAGCUUGGUUGGCAGGAGGACUCUAGAGGUGCUGAACUUUGUUGAAAUAAUAAAGGAGAGAGAUAAGCACUGACCAGCUAGAAUGGCUUGUAAGUAAUAGAGAAGUUUUGUCCUGUUCUCAGUGUGUUUCAUUUAAUUGGAAUAUCUUGAGUUUUUUCUAGCCUGGUUAGACAAAAUAUUUGUUUGCUGUUUGUUUGCUUUACAUUAGUAUUAACUAUAGAUCUCUAUCUACCGACUGCUACCUAUAAGUAUGGAUUUCUAUAGAUCUCUAACAGUUAACACAGGAUUUUACAAUAGCCUGGUAAAUGUAAACCUUAAGAAUUAGAUUGGCUUCCCCACCAUAUAUCCACAGGAUUCUGUAGGUUGGGAUUGACUUUGCUUCUCUUGAAGGGAGUGGAUAGAUUCUGUUUCACUUCAAAACAUACUUGAUGUGGCUCUUAGUUCAGAACUGUUGUCUGAUUCUUAUCCAUUUUAACAGACAAGCUACCCACUGCUGUAUGUUUGUUCUAAGUACAAAAAUGGGAAACAACAGAAAAUCUACAACUGCAAACAUAGAAUGUAACUUUAAAAGAACUAACUUAAUACUUUUUAC